AUGUUUGUGCAUAAACCGUUGCGGUUGGUGGUGCCGCUGCUGGCGGUUAUCGGCUUUCUCUGGCUGAUAUUUGGCUCCAGCCACGAAACGAAGCCUAAUAGUCCCUACAAAUACAAGAAAAUCAAGAAAAACGACGUGAUUCCUCGCAACUUGCCGGCCGACCAUAUCUCCCACUAUGAUCUUAACAAGUUGGCUUCUACGCCGAUGGCAGCGUACAACAAAGAACGGGUGCUGAUUCUGACCCCGAUGGCGAAGUUCCUGGACCAGUACUGGGACAACUUGCUGAAGCUGACGUAUCCUAGAGAGCUCAUUGAGCUUGGAUUCAUUGUGCCCAGAACGGCCGACGGCGACGCGGCGCUGCGCAAGCUGGAGACGGCCGUCAAGAAGAUACAGAACCCGAAGAACACCAAAGACGCCAAGUUUGCCAAAGUGACCAUUUUGCGGCAAGAUACAGAGGCCCUGGACUCACAAUCGGAGAAGGACAGACACGCGUUCCAGGUCCAGAAACAGAGACGGUCGCAGAUGGCCGUUGCCAGGAACUCGCUGCUGUUCACCACGAUUGGCCCGUACACGUCGUGGGUGCUGUGGCUGGACGGCGACAUCGUGGAGACUCCACCGACGUUGAUCCAGGACCUCGUGUCGCACGAUAAGCCUGUGAUUGCUGCCAACUGUUACCAGCGGUACUACGACGAGGAGAAGAAGCAGGACGCGAUUCGGCCGUACGAUUUUAACAACUGGGUCGAGAGCGAGGAGGGGCUGCGGAUCGCCUCGACGAUGAGCGACGACGAGAUCAUUGUGGAGGCGUACGCGGAGCUGGCCACGUACAGGCCGCUGAUGGGACAUUUCUACGACCCGAACGGAGACGUGAACACAGAAAUGCAGCUGGACGGCGUGGGAGGAACGUGUUUGCUUGUGAAGGCCGAUGUUCACAGAGACGGCGCGAUGUUCCCUAGCUUCCCGUUCUACCACCUUAUAGAGACAGAAGGGUUUGCCAAGAUGGCGAAACGACUCGGCUACGAGGUGUUUGGGCUGCCAAACUACCUGGUGUACCACUACAACGAGUAA